AUGAUCGCGAUUGCUCUGAUUGAUAUGCACGAGUGCGGAGGAGAGAAACGAAGGGAAGUGAAGAGAUUCAAGUGCGUUUCGAGUGGCAAGAUCAUCGAUGACGGUGAUGAUAUCUCGAAACCAAGCUUUGAAGAUGAACCUAGAUCACCAUUUCUCUUCUUCUUAGAGGAUUUUAAGAAAAGCUACGUUGGUAACAUGGUGGAAGCUAGCAGAAUAUGUUUCAUUGUGUGGAAGAACAUGUCGGGAGAGGAUCAAAGACCCUUCAUAGCUCGUGCUGUAAAAGUUGAUUUGGCCCACAACAGGAAGUUAAAAGAAGAAGCUCAAAGUAUAUGUAAGACAGAUGAUGAGGCGGAUUCAAAAGCUGUUGGGAAGUUUGAUAAGUUAUAUGAGUGCUAUGAUCAUGAAGAGGAGGAGGAUGGUGAAUAUGGUUCAUCUGAUCAUUUCGAAAAAGAGUUUUGGGAGGACGAUACUCUGCUCAAGUACUGAGACACCGAUUCUAGAAGAUGAGAGGUUUUUUUUUUGCUGUUGUUCUGUACAGAUUUUAGAAGUUUUUUUUUUUAUGUAAAUACAGGCAAAGAGAGGCUAGUCUUAUUC